AUGUCGGAACCGCACGCCGGCCACCUCUCCGUCCCGGUGAAAUCGGAACUCACAAUCACAGAGCACAUCACUGAAGAGACCUCCAAGAGACUACAAGCCCCCAGACUCGUCGUUUUAGCUGACCUUAACGUCGACCCUCCCGAUACCGACGGGACCGAUUCGCUCCAUAGCUCUCCUCCGGACCUCACAAGGUUAAUCAACGAUGAAAAUAGUCAAGAUAAAAACAGUUUAAUGAGUAAAGAUAAUGACGUUGCCGAUGUUGAAGGUAAACAAUUGAAAAAAUUGGGGAAAUGCCGUUCGAGACUUACUAGUAAGGUAGAGUAUCCUCUUGAUUGUGGAGCUGAUGCAGAUGCUGAUCAGAAUGGCCAAGGGCCUCCCUCUCGCGAGGAAAAAGUCAGCAGCCUUAAAACCGGCUUGGUUCAUGUUGCUCGGAAGAUGCCCAAAAAUGCGCACGCACAAUUUAUACUUGGGUUAAUGUAUCAAAGGAUGGGUCAGCCGCAAAAGGCUGUUUUGGCAUAUGAGAAAGCAGUAGAGAUCUUACUUCGUUCUGAAGAAGAGAUUGACAGGCCAGAGUUGCUUUCUUUGGUUCAGAUUCACCAUGCUCAGUGUCUUCUGCUGGGAAGUUCAGAGGACUAUGGUCCAGACAAAGAACUCGAGGCUAAAGAGCUCGAGGAAAUUCUUUGUAAGUUGAAAGAGUCGAUGAAAUCUGAUAUUAGACAGGCAUCUAUUUGGAACACGCUAGGCAUGAUUCUUGUUAAAACUGGUCGUUUGCAGACUGCUAUAUCAGUUUUCUCAUCUUUGUUGGCUAUUGCACCUGACAAUUUGGAUUGCCUCGGGAACCUUGGAAUGGCUUAUCUUCAAAGUGGGAAUUUGGAGCUUUCAGCAAAAUGUUUUCAAGAGCUGAUCUUAAAGGAUCAAAAUCACCCCAUCGCCUUGAUUAACUAUGCUACCUUUCUGUUGUGUAGAUAUGGAUCUGUUGUUGCAGGUGCUGGUUCAAAUGCCGAUGAACAGGCUUCCACAAGUCAGGUUAUGGCAGCCAAUGUUGCAAAGGCAUGUUUGUUAGCAGCUGCAAAAGCAGAUCCCAAAGCAGCUCAUAUAUGGACCAAUCUUGCUAAUGCAUAUUAUAUGGGUGGUGAUCAUAGAAGCUCCUGUAAAUGCUUGGAGAAGGCUGCAAAACUUGAGCCCAAUUGUUUCGCCACACGAUAUGCUGUUGCAGUUCACCGAAUUAGGGAUGCAGAAAGGUCUCAAAAUCCUAGUGAGCAGCUUUCCUGGGCUGGAAAUGAAAUGGCUUCAAUUCUUAGAGAAGGAGAUUCUGUUCUGAUUGAGCCUCCCAUAGCAUGGGCCGGGCUUGCCAUGGUUCACAAAACCCAGCAUGAGAUUGCAGCAGGAUUCAAAAUUGAACAGAACGAAUUAAUGGAGGUUGAAGAGCGUGCUAUGUACAGUUUAAAGCAGGCAAUGGCAGAGGACCCAGAUGAUGCUGUGCAGUGGCACCAACUUGGUCUACAUAAUCUUUGUAUGCAACAAUUCAAAACAUCACAAACAUACCUUAAGGCCACAGUUGCCCGUUUCAAGGAUUGCAGCUACGCAUGGUCAAAUCUUGGUAUCUCACUGCAGCUACUGGAGUCGUCAUCAUCACAAGCUGAGAAAGUGUAUAAACGGGCCUUGUCAUUGGCAACGCCUCAACAUGCGCACACAAUAUUUUCCAACCUUGGAAAUCUAUACAGACAGAAAAAACAAUAUGAAAGUUCCAAGGCAAUGUUUACGAAGUCACUUGAACUGCAGCCCGGUUAUGCUCCAGCCUAUAACAAUCUAGGUCUUGUAUUUGUUGCUGAAGGUCAGUGGGAGGAGGCCAAAUUCUGCUUUAACAAGGCGACCGAGUUUGACCCACUGCUUGAUGCCGCCAAGUCUAACAUGCUUAAAGUAGUGACAAUGUGUAGAACGUCUUGA